AUGGCUGUAUCAACAGAACACAUAUUGAACCCAGCAUUUCUUGUUCAAAGUCCCAGAUUUAAGCCCAUUGGUAUUCAUCCGGAGUUGUUUACACGUACACAAAUACAUAGCAAUCCAUCCGUCGGCCCUGGAACAUAUGAUCUGGUGCAAUAUGGUGAUUUUAGUGACAAAAAUGUUCAAAAAAAUGCUGAAGGACCAAACUGGGAGCAAGCUUUUUAUACCGAGAAGAUGGCAAAAAUACCCCAUUCAAAUUUUAAAGCGACAUAUGAGUCUCGAAAAGAAGAAGAACGUCGUAUCGGUCCAGGUGCAUAUGAAAUCAAAGAUUUUUUAAUUGAAGCAGAUGAAAGACCACAAUGCUCACGUGGAUUGUUGGAUCAACUGACUGAAAGAUUUCCCAAAGAUUCGUCAGACAGGGCGCCUCCUCCGGGAGCAUACGGUAUUCCCGACCAGAAAAUCGUUGAAAAAAAAUGGCAACAAGGAAGUAAAAUUCCUUCAUUUCAAUGGCGUCAAGGUGAUCGAACGUUACCAUUAGAGGGUUCUGAUAUGGGACCAGGUACUUACAAUAUUAAAAGUUCGAUCGAUGACUUAAUCAAUAAACGCGUUAGCGAAAAGGGACCAUAUCAGCUCUUUUCUGUUAGUCGAUCAGCUCCAAUAAACACGGGACAUUAUGCUGUUCUUGAUAGAUGGGAUUUACGUGCAGAUUUUCCGUCACUAGAUUAUCCAGAAUCAAUCUCUUCUUUAGAACAACUUAAACAUUACAGUCAAGCUAAACAUGGUUUAUUCAGUAAAUUAUCACGGUUUCAGAAAAAGCCCACCAAUCGUCUGGCUAUUGAACAUCCGGGACUUGAGCCAAAAAACGUUGAUUUUCCCGGUCCAGGGCAAUGUAAGUUAGCUGAAGGAUUAAAAAUUUGA